GUCCCUUCUGCCACGUUAAAAAGUAUACUGCUGUGCCCGAGUAUGUUUUAUGUUUUAUAGACCUAAAAUAGACUGUCAUUUGGAAGGUCAAUAUAAAAUUACCUUAUUUUAUAGACCAUAAUAAACAUGGUUUCUGUAAUCAAUUCAGUGGAUACAGCACAUGAAGAUAUGAUUCAUGAUGCUCAGCUUGAUUAUUAUGGUACCAAACUAGCAACCUGUUCAUCUGACCGGUCAAUCAAGCUGUUUGAUGUGACCAAUGGACAGCAGACACUUAUCACACAGUUGAGAGAGCAUGAAGGGCCAGUAUGGCAGCUAUCGUGGGCACACCCGAUGUUUGGGAAUAUGCUGGCAUCUUGCGGCUAUGAUAGGAAAGUCAUCAUAUGGAAAGAAACAAAUGGAACGUGGGGGAAGCUGCAUGAGUGUGCUCAUCAUGAUUCUUCUGUAAACUCAGUCAGCUUUGCUCCCCAUGAAUAUGGUCUUAUGUUGGCAUGUGGAAGCUCAGAUGGAUCUAUUUCUGUUAUAACUUGUACAGGAGAUGGCAAAUGGGAUACAAAGAAAAUCAAUAAUGCCCACACAAUUGGCUGUAAUUCAGUCAGCUGGGCGCCAGCUACAGCACCAAAUUCCUUGUUUGAACAGCCCAGUGGAAACCAAGGCUUGGUCAAGCGAUUUGUCUCUGGAGGGUGUGACUUCCUUGUGAAGAUUUGGGUUGAGGACAAUGGUCAGUGGAUUGAGGAGCAGAAACUAGAAGGACAUAGUGAUUGGGUACGCGAUGUAGCCUGGGCACAUUCUAUAGGCCUGCAGAAGUCAGUUAUAGCAUCUUGUUCACAGGAUUGUCGAGUCAUUAUCUGGACAAACGAUGGAGUAAGUAACUCCUGGACGUCCAAAACUCUCCACAAGUUUGAUGAUGUUGUCUGGCACGUCAGCUGGUCAACUACUGGAAACAUCCUGGCUGUGUCCGGGGGAGAUAACAAAGUAACCCUAUGGAAAGAGAACUUAGACAGCCAGUGGGUUUGUAUAAGCGACGUCAACAAAGGUCAAGGUGCUAUUGGAGAAAGACCAUCCUCAGGAUAAAUUAAACAAAUGACAAAGACAAUCGCAGCAAAUAUAAUUACGAUUUUAAAAUUCUGUUUCUGUGCAUGGUUUCAAUGUAGUGGAAAGUUUUGAUCACAGGAAAUUAAAGCAUCAACAAAAAUUUGAAUCUUUGCUGAUUUAGAUCUAAGUCUUUUGAUUACAAGAUAAUGUUACUCACACCUGUUUAAAUGAGUUAUGGUAGCUGACUCAAUGCCAGUCUGUAAAACCAUUUUAGUAACUUGGAUUCAAAAUAUUAAAUUUUCUUAAAAAUCCUUCUUGGUGCAAUUUUUGAAAAUUGAUUUUUUUUUUACGUUUAGGAUUUUCAUUGAAAUAAUUCUUAGAUGUUAAAUUUUUACGCUAGGUGAAUAAAUUUUUUGCUGGGUUUAAAGUAUUUUUGUUAAUUUAAAUUUUCUAUUAGCAGCAUUUAUAUUUUUUUGGUUGUUUCGACUUUCUAAUUGAUUUUUGUUUGGUAAAAUUUAUGGCAAUCAAAGACUAAAUAUUUAACACUGCGGUGUUGCCAAUUUUAAAAACCCUACAAUUAGUAUGUUUUAUUUUGUUUAUAUUUCUGUAUGCAUGUAUUUUAGUAACAGUGUAAAUGGUUUUUUAAAAAUGAAUUACACUCUAUAUUAUUUUCACUUAAGUAUUGUUAAUUUAUGGAAUACUAGUGUAUGACUUCCAGGUUUAUAAAAAAGUAAAGAACAACAAAAAGGGUGCAGGAGUUUAAAAUUUUAAAAUGUAUGAUUACUUCCCUUGAUUUCAUGAAAAAGGAAUAUGGAAGAUAUAUGUGUGAAUAAAUUCAUGUAAAU